GCGGGCAGCGGUGGGCCCACUGCCAAGUACUUACCAGUAAAAUUUGUGAUUUAAUUUUAGUAAGGCCCACCGUAUGUGGCACCAGAACCACGCGGUCAGGGGCCCAUCGAGUAUUUUCCCGGGACCCCGGCAGGCCAGUCCGACCCUGGCCCUUCACCAGUAGCAGGAGAGGCGCCUCUCCACCAGUAGCAGGAGAGGCACCGGCAGCAGGGAGGCAAAGCCGGCGGCGAGGGCGUGGCUUCAGUAAAAUCCUUUCCGGGCCCCCUCUCCUCACGGGCCCCCCCGCAGGUGCGGGGUCUGCUUCCUCGGUAGUUACGCCAGUGGUCCUUGCUGAAGAAAGCAGAUGAUUGUAAGUCCAGCUGGUAGGAUUACAGGAUGUUUAUGUGCGGUGACUGUUAAUGUCCCUUCGCCAAUUGACGCUGAGAUUGGGGAUCUAGUGAGCAUCCAGUGUAAGCCGUCUGCCAGCGGGUCACCCAAGUACAGCGUGGAGUGGUUUGUGACAGAUCAGUAUGGGGUCCCCCAACGCAUCGCAACGUACAGCAACGGAAAAAGUAUCACAGAUCCAGGAACACAAUACAGUGACAGAGUGUCGGUCAGUGCUGACCUCAGCCUGGUGAUCAAUGAUGCCCGCGUAGAAGACGAAAGGAGCUUCCUCUGCAAAGUGAAUGCAGGGAGCGAAGGCACCGCUAAGGGCAGCGCUGACCUGAAAGUGUACGAUCCACCAGAAUCUCCAGAACUUGUCAUGACUGGGGGAAUAUUGUCAGUCACCGAAUCAGAUGCAGUGGAGAUUGGAUCCUGUUAUGGUCGGAAUGCAUAUCCUGCUCCAACUAUCGAGUGGUACAAGAACCAGCAACCCCUAAAUCCUCCAAAAAGCCCAAACAAGGAUCAGUACAUGACGUCUCGCACCGUCAAAGAAGCCUCUGGUUUGUUCACUGUCUCCAGCACUCUCUUCUUAAGGCCAACGAAGCAAGAUACUGAUUCUCAAUUUUCCUGUAGAGUUGUAUAUCCUGUACCUGGGGGAUCAUCAGGCUUUAUGGACUCUAAGGCCUUCAAUCUGACUUUACAUUUUUACACAGAGGACGUGAAGUUUGAGUUGCUGUCAGCCACACCUAUUAAGGAGGGGGAUGAUGUGAAGUUUCGUUGUGCAGGAGAUGGGUACCCCCCUCCUUCUUAUAUGAUUGAAAAAAUCAAGGAGGGCACAGAGGAAGAAUUGUAUUCUGGCUCUGAUGAAAUCUUCAUAAAACGUAACGUGUCUAGAGAAGAUGAAGGGAAGUACCGCUGCCACGCUCUGGACUUUGACACCCCACCGGAGUUUGAUCUUAUCCGGGAGCAGAAUAUUUUUGUGCACUAUCUGGAUCCCCUUUCUGUCAUCCCACAAGAACAAGUCACCAUAUCUUAUGGCAAGGACCUCCAGCUGUUUUGCUCAGGUGAUGGCUCUCAGAAGCCCCAUCUGAGCUGGAAAAAGGGUGACAAAAUGAUCUCAGACACCAGUAGAUUUCGACUGCGUGAUGUCUCGUAUGCUGACUCUGGGGUCUACACAUGUCUAGCUACUGUACCUGAAGUGCCUGGACUAAUGAAGGAGGAGAGCAUCACUGUUACUGUUGAGGGUGUCCCUCAGAUGGAACGUGGAGAUGAAGUAGUUGAGGUGCUUUCUGAAGGUUCUAUGGUGACGCUAACCUGCUCCGCACAGGGAUUCCCAGAACCAGAGAUUACCUGGAACCCAACAGAAUUAAAGAGCACACAAACAGUAAAUGGGCAACGCGUGAUAAGCACAGUAACCAUGAAAACUUCACCUAAGCUGAUGAAUGAUAUUUCCUGCACUGCAAGAAAUGACCUUGGGUCUGCCGAGAAGAAAUUCACUCUAAGCAUGAAUUCCGUAUCACCAAGUGCAAGACCUCCUCAAGAACAGACUGGUGGCAGUAGUACAGCCGUCAUCGCUGUGGUCGUUUGUGUCAUUCUCCUCCUUCUGGUCGUGGCCCUCUUCUAUUUCCUACAGAAGAAAGGAAAAUUAACGUGUGGCUCAUCGGAGAAGCAGUCAUUAGCCCAGGAUCCAGCUUCAGGUGAGCUAGCCGUUGAGUUAAAGUCCGAGAAAGGUAACGAGCAACGAGGACUUCUUGGAUCUCGCGGUGGAGGUGGUCAGCCAUCAGAGUGUUAACAACGAUGAGCGCCAAGCUCUACUAUGGAAGGACAUUUGGAUGGACAGCGCCAUCUUUGCCUGCCUUGGAGCUCACUUGCUGCCUCCAUGUCUUCAGCCUGUGGAUUUCUGCUUUCUCUGCUCCCUGCACUUGUCUCAGAAUGUUACAAAAGAAAAAACAAUGCAAGGACUCAGUUCUAUGAGAUACUCCUGAAAGCCCUAUGGACCGCUUGCGUGAUGCUAAAGGAGAGAGCCCCCACCCAACCUCAGGAUAUCUGGCUUUUAUUAUGACUCUUUCUGGGGCUCUCUUAAUAAGGUCUGUAGAGGGGAUAACAUUCUGCCCCCCACAUUGCCUUAAUGUCUAUCGGCCAUCACUGGCAUUACUACAGACCUCUCUGCCAAUUUGCUUCAUUUUUAUCCAUUAUUUUUAUCCCCUUUUUGUUGCUUUUAGUUUAUGUUAUUUCUGUUUUUAUUUUCCAGACUCUGUGUGAAAGAUCUCCAUAAGCCCAAUUGGGUGAUGCUGCCUUCCCAGCAUGCCUUGGGGGGAGUAGCACUGUGCGAACUUUAUUGAAUUACACUGGUCUUGGCCUGCCCCUGUUUGGGCUUAUCUGUAUAUAAUGUAUUUACCUGUUGUCAGUACACUGGUUAGAUCCUCAGUUUGUCUCUAUGUUUGUUGUCAUUAUGAUCCCCAAAAACGUACCCGAAAUUAUUGUUCUGUCUCUCAGCCUAUUCUUCUUAAUCACGGCAAACUUAUAUCGUUUAUUAUUCGAUUUAUAUCAGUUUAUAUACUGUAUGGCCAAAAGUAUGUGCAUAACUCUUCUAAUUAUUGGAACUUUCAGCAGGAUAAUAGCCCCAUACACAAAGCAAGAUCCAUAUAGAAUUGUUUUGGAAGAACAAGAGCCCUGACCUCCACCCAACUGAACACCUGCCAAUGUGAGCCAUUAAAUCAUAACCUUUUAGUGAAUGGAAACAAGUCUCACCAACAAUGCUCCAAAAUCUAGUUGAAAAUCUUCCCAGAAGGGCAAUAUGUAAAGAUUUUUAUAAGCAAAGAGAGGAUCAAGUUCAUAUACCCUUGGUUUUAGGAUCAGAUAUUGUACAGGGGGGUGCCCAAGUACUUUUGGCCAUAUAGUGUAUUGGUUUUUAAUGGCGGCCCCUAAAGAAACCUGCUUAUGAUUGGACUUAUGAUAAAAUCUUACUGCAGGGUUGAAUGUACCUGCACAAUGGUUGUUUUAUUAUGAGCCCUUCAAGGAAAGUCUGGGGAGCUUACUAUUCCGUAUUUGGGACAAUUUAUAAAUUGGUGUUAAAGUGUAUUGGUUAAGAAAAAAGCUGAAAUAAUGGUCUGUCUCAAACAACUGUUUGGGGAAGACAAAUGAUCCCCUGUAGCUACAUUUACAGAAGUGAGCAAACUACCCUACAGCUAAGCAGCUUGCUCAUUGCCUGGCUCUGUCAAAUCCAUUAGCUGAAUGAGAGAAUGCACAUUGUGCUCAAGUUUUGUAUUCCAGGCAGUUGAGGGGGCAACGUGAGACAGGGAGUAAGUGAAUGCUAUGGUGGGAGCACAGUGAACUAAGACGCUUAACAUCUUGUGCCCCCAAAAUCACAUUUAGGCAAUUGCUACCUGUUCUGAUUGAAUAUUUGAAAUAUUUAUUCUGGAGCAGUGCAAUCUCCAGGAAUGAAUUAGCCUAUAAAAAAGAGAUGUGGGCACCCUUCUAUUGACUUCAGGUGAUGGAACAUCAACGACAUGCCACUGAAUAGGGAGAUGCCACUGUAGGGGUGACGCAUGUGCCGGUAUAUUUACAGUCAGUAUGGCAUAUAUAUAUAGGACCUUGUUUUAAAAAAGAAGAAAUGUUACUUAACUGCUUUUGACAGUGAAACGUGUUGGGUUAAGAUAAUGGUCUCAAAGGAGAAUCAUUUUGCAAAGUCACGGAGCAAUAAACUUUGUGUUCUUUUUUUUAUAAA